AUGUUGACAGUGGCAUACAGUGGGUCUGCUCUAAGUACAAAAGAUGUUUACAAAUGGUACAAGCUUUUCCAAAAUGGCCGAGAAGAUGUCAGUGACGAACUUCGCUCUGGACACCCCAGCACAUCAACAAUAGAUGUUAACGUCGAAGCUGCGAAGAAAAUUGUUUUAAAAAAUCGUCAAAUUACCAUAAGAGAAGUUGCUGAGGAUGCUGGCAUAUCAGUCCUUAAAGUUAUGCGCCGUUUGCGAGAAACAACACGGAAAAAAACGUCCGGAAUUGUAGAAAAACAAUUCAUGACUUUUGCAUCACAAUAA